CUUAAACCCUUACUCUUCUCAGUGUUUCAACAAACUAGGGUUUUUCUAGGGGUUUAACUGAUCCGACGCUCCGACGGAAUGGCCCGCUCAAACGCCGUCCGGCUGGCCCGCGCCGCCCUCUCCUCCCAUCUCCUCCGCGAUUCCUUUUCUGUAUUUGAAUCGAUAUACGGCUCUGGAUGCAGACAGUAUAGUGCCGGGAUUUGCAGCAAGUCCAGGCCUUUACUCCAGUCGUGUUUCAGUAAUGGAGCCAAUGAAAGUGUUUGGUCAUCAAAAGCAAAUUUCGGCCAGAAAAGAUCAAUUCAUGCCACAGCACGAAUGUCAAGCAGAGAUUUCUAUGAUUUGCUUGGUGUAAGCAAGAAUGCAACUGCAUCUGAAAUCAAGAAAGCGUAUCUAGGGUUAGCAAAACAGUUGCAUCCAGACGUGAAUAAAGAUGACCCUGAAGCUGCAAAGAAAUUUCAAGAAGUUCAAAGGGCUUAUGAGGUUCUGAAAGACGAUGAAAAACGCCAGACUUAUGAUCAGGUCGGUCAUGAUGCUUUUAAUCGUGCAGAAGAGGGUGGAGGUGCUGGGGCCGGUUUCUCUGGGUUUCCAGGUUUUGAGGAUAUUUUUAACAAUUCUGAUGUAAGAGCUUGAGUUUCUUCCUUUUAAGCUAUUGUUUGUCGAUGUUGUCAUGCAAAUGUGUUCAAAAGUACGAAUGUCCUACAUUUGUUUUAAUUUUUUUUAGAGAUCAUCGUUGUUUUAUUAUUUGUCUAAGUGAAUUUCUAUUUCUGCAUUGAUGGUUUGGAUACGAAGGCAGGAAUUCGAAUACUGAUGGGAACAUGGAAUUGUGAAAAAUAGAUGACUAGCUAACUAGCCAUGUUCUCAUCUAUAAGCAAGGAUGACAAGGACUCAAAGCAUAUUGUAUCUAU